AUGACCGUGAAUGCAGUUACGGUCAUCAGCUUUGCCCCAGUGUUAUUACCAUCAUGUAAGAUGAAGUUUAGAUGGAUCCAGUUACAAAUACAGAUAUCAACAAACUGCAGCAAAGGAUUAACUGGAAAGAAUUGUGAAAAUUGUUUACCAAAUCCUUGUAAUAAUGGGACUUGUACGAAAACGCCAAGUGGAUACAUCUGUCACUGUUUAGCAGGAUUCACAGGGAAAAACUGUUCAACUAAUAUCGAUGACUGUGCUUCUAAUCCUUGUCAUUCAGGAACCUGUACUGAUUUAGUAAAUAAGUUCAUAUGCACAUGUCCGACAGGAUUCAAUGGUACUCGGUGUGAAAAUUCCGUAAGAAAUUGCGCACAGAAUCCGUGUAAUGGUCAUGGAAAAUGCAUCGAUUUGGGAUCUAACUUUAAAUGUACUUGCAAUGCAGGAUACAGUGGUGACAAAUGUAAGACUGAUAUAAAUGAAUGUAUUUCUAAUCCAUGUCUUCACGGGUCAACAUGUAUUGAUCAGUCCAACUCUUACAAAUGUGCUUGUACCUCGGGUUUCAGCGGAACAAAUUGCGAAUUAAAUAUCAACGACUGUUCCUCAAAUCCAUGCCAAAACUCUGGAACUUGUAAAGAUGGUGUAAAUAGUUAUACAUGCAUCUGCAAACCAGGUUAUACUGGGAAAAUGUGUGAAAUUAAUAUAAAUGAAUGUCAAUCGAAUCCUUGUAAAAAUGGAUUAUGCCAUGAUCUUGUAAAUGGAUAUAACUGCACUUGUAAUGCAGGUUAUACAGGUAGAACAUGUUCUGUAAACAUUGAUGAUUGUACACCUCAACCGUGUAAAAAUGGAGCCACUUGUAUUGAUGGUGUACAUGACUAUUCAUGCACAUGUUUAAAAGGUUUUACUGGAAAGCAAUGCUCGACAGAUAUUAAUGAAUGUGCAUCAAAUCCAUGUCAGAAUAAAGGAACCUGUAUAGAUCGAAUAGGGGGUUAUAAAUGUACAUGUCCAACAGGAUUUAGUGGUCGAAACUGUGAAAUAAAUGUUGACAAUUGUUCUCCAAACCCGUGUAAGAACUCUGGCACGUGUAAAGAUGGAGUCAACAAUUAUACAUGUUCCUGCUUAGCUGGCUUCACUGGUCACCACUGUGAAAUAGAUAUCAACAAUUGUUCUCCAAACCCGUGUAAGAACUCUGCCACGUGUAACGAUAGAGUCAACAAUUAUACAUGUUCCUGCUUAGCUGGCUUCACUGGUCGAAACUGUGAAAUAAAUAUCAACAACUGUUCUCCAAACCCAUGCAAAAACUCUGGAACUUGUAAAGAUGGUGUUAACAAUUAUACAUGUUCCUGCUUAGCUGGCUUCACUGGUCACCACUGUGAAAUAAAUAUCAACAAUUGUUCUCCAAACCCGUGUAAGAACUCUGGCACGUGUAAAGGUAGAGUCAACAAUUAUACAUGUUCCUGCUUAGCUGGCUUCACUGGUCGAAACUGUGAAAUAAAUAUCAACAACUGUUCUCCAAACCCAUGCAAAAACUCUGGAACUUGUAAAGAUGGUGUCAACAAUUAUACAUGUUCCUGCUUAGCUGGCUUCACUGGUCACAACUGUGAAAUAAAUAUAAACAAUUGUUCUCCAAACCCGUGUAAGAACUCUGCCACGUGUAAAGAUGGAGUCAACAAUUAUACAUGUUCCUGCUUAGCUGGCUUCACUGGUCGAAACUGUGAAAUAGAUAUCAACAAUUGUUCUCCAAACCCGUGUAAGAACUCUGGCACGUGUAAAGAUGGAGUCAACAAUUAUACAUGUUCCUGUUUAGCUGGCUUCACUGGUCGAAACUGUGAAAUGAAUAUCAACAACUGUUCUCCAAACCCAUGCAAAAACUCUGGAACUUGUAAAGAUGGUGUUAACAAUUAUACAUGUUCCUGCUUAGCUGGCUUCACUGGUCACCACUGUGAAAUAAAUAUAAACAAUUGUUCUCCAAACCCGUGUAAGAACUCUGCCACGUGUAAAGAUGGAGUCAACAAUUAUACAUGUUCCUGCUUAGCUGGCUUCACUGGUCACCACUGUGAAAUAAAUAUCAACAAUUGUUCUCCAAACCCGUGUAAGAACUCUGCCACGUGUAAAGAUAGAGUCAACAAUUAUACAUGUUCCUGCUUAGCUGGCUUCACUGGUCGAAACUGUGAAAUAAAUAUCAACAACUGUUCUCCAAACCCAUGCAAAAACUCUGGAACUUGUAAAGAUGGUGUUAACAAUUAUACAUGUUCCUGCUUAGCUGGCUUCACUGGUCACCACUGUGAAAUAAAUAUAAACAAUUGUUCUCCAAACCCGUGUAAGAACUCUGGCACGUGUAAAGAUGGAGUCAACAAUUAUACAUGUUCCUGCUUAGCUGGCUUCACUGGUCACAACUGUGAAAUAAAUAUAAACAAUUGUUCUCCAAACCCGUGUAAGAACUCUGCCACGUGUAAAGAUGGAGUCAACAAUUAUACAUGUUCCUGCUUAGCUGGCUUCACUGGUCGAAACUGUGAAAUAGAUAUGAACAAUUGUUCUCCAAACCCGUGUAAGAACUCUGGCACGUGUAAAGAUGGAGUCAACAAUUAUACAUGUUCCUGUUUAGCUGGCUUCACUGGUCGAAACUGUGAAAUAAAUAUCAACAACUGUUCUCCAAACCCAUGCAAAAACUCUGGAACUUGUAAAGAUGGUGUAAACAAUUAUACAUGUUCCUGCUUAGCUGGCUUCACUGGUCGAAACUGUGAAAUAAAUAUCAACAAUUGUUCUCCAAACCCGUGUAAGAACUCUGGCACGUGUAAAGAUGCAGUCAACAAUUAUACAUGUUCCUGCUUAGCUGGCUUCACUGGUCACCACUGUGAAAUAAAUAUAAACAAUUGUUCUCCAAACCCGUGUAAGAACUCUGGCUCGUGUAAAGAUGGUGUUAACAAUUAUACCUGUUCCUGCUUAGCUGGCUUCACUGGUCGAAACUGUGAAAUAAAUGUUGACAAUUGUUCCCCAAACCCGUGUAAGAACUCUGGCACGUGUCAAGAUGGUGUUAACAAAUAUACUUGUUUGUGCGUGAAAGGAUUCACUGGUAACGAUUGUGAAAUCAAUAUUGACGAUUGUAAAGAUAGUCCGUGCAAACAUGGUACAUGUGUAGACCAAGUAAAUGGAUAUACUUGUGCCUGUACGUCUGGUUAUAGCGGAAAAUAUUGUCAACAAAAUAUUGACGAAUGUAUCAGUAAUCCUUGCCACAAUGGAACAUGCACUGAUCAACUGAACGGAUAUUUGUGUUUAUGUGUUCCUGGUUACACUGGAAGAAAAUGUGAAACAGAUGUUGAUGAAUGUCAGAGUAACCCUUGCGAUCAUGGUAACUGUGUUGAUUUAGUAAAUAGCUAUCAGUGUUUAUGCAGUCCUGGUUACUCUGGUGUAAACUGUAAAACUGACAUAGAUGAGUGUUUAAGUAAUCCUUGUAACAAUGGUGUCUGUAAAAAUUUAGAAAAUUCAUUCCACUGUGAUUGUAACCAAGGUUACACUGGUGUUCACUGCGAAAUAAACAUUGACGAAUGUAAAAGUAGUCCAUGUCACAAUGGAACAUGCAAGGAUGAAAUCAAUGGGGUUUCAUGUACAUGUCAGAAAGGAUUUACGGGGAGGUUAUGUGAAACUAAUAUCAAUGAAUGCGCAUCGAAUCCUUGUAAAUAUAAUAGCAGUUGUAAGGACAAAACAAAUGAUUAUCAAUGUUUGUGUCAAAGUGGAUACAUAGGAAAGAACUGUGAUAUUUUGGAACCGACACCAACAACAAAACGUUCUACUCCGUCUACUACAACUCUACCUACAACUAAUCCUACAACAACUAAACAUACAACUCUACCUACAACAACGAAACAUACUACUCCUCAUACAACAACGAAAACUACUACUCUACUUACAACAACGAAACCUAUUACGCGUUCUACAACAAAGAAACCAACUACUCGUCCUUCAAUCACGAAACCUACUACUCGUCCUACAACACCGAAACCUACUUCUCUACCUACAACACCGAAACCUACUUCUCUACCUACAACACCGAAACCUACUUCUCUACCUACAACAAUGAAACCUACUUCUCUACCUACAACAAUGAAACCUACUACUCAUCCUACAAGAGCGAAACCUACUACUCAUUUUACAAAAGCGAAACCUACUACUCAUUCUACAACAACUAAACAUACUACUCAUCCUAUAACAAUCAAACCUACUACUCAUUCUACAACAACUAAACAUACUACUCAUCCUAUAACAAUCAAACCUACUAAUCCGUCUACAACAACUAAACCUACUAUUCAUCCUACAACAACGAAAUCUACUACUCUUCCUACAAAAGCGAAACCUACUACUCAUUCUACAACAACUAAACCUACUACUCAUUCUACAACAACUAAACAUACUACUCAUCCUACAACAAUGAAACCUAAUAGUCCGUCUUCAACAACGAAACCUUCUUCUCCGUCUUCAACAGUGAAACCUACUCAUCCGCCUACAACAGUGAAACUUGAUACUUUGCCUACAACAGUGAAACUUGAUACUUUGCCUACAACAGUAAAACAUGCAACACCGCCUACAACUACAAAUUCUACUAUUUUGUCUACGAAUACGAUACAUUUUACUCCGCUAACAACACUUCAAAGUACUACUCCGCAAACAACGAAGAAAACCUCAACUAUAAUGACGACGAAAAAUGCAUCUUUACCAAGAUCAAUGAAUUCCACAACUAUUCAACAACAAACGAAGAAAACACCUCUGUCGAUAACAACGCCACUUACAAUAAAUAGAACAAAAGUCACAGUCCCACCAACAACAACGAAACUUACAACAUUAAUGACGACAACAAAAAACGAAACUUUUGGGAGUACCACUCAUAAAGCAAUUAAAGUAAAAACGACCUUUAAGUCUUCUGCAUCAUCAACAAUCAUUCAUUCAGUACCAAAGCCAGAUGCAUAUCUUAUCAAAGGUGACGUCACAAUAUCUGUGAAAAACAUCACAGCUACAAUGAAAGACUUGAUUGAGCAUUAUUUAAAUGAUCCAGGUGCAGACAUACAAAUCACAACGUCAACUGAAAUAGUAUUAGGAGAAGACAGUGAGUUGGUUACCAAAGUUACAUACACUGUGAAAAGGAACGGCAAAGAACUUAGUAACAAAGAGGUACAGAAGUAUUUCAAUCAGGCAACAGCAGCUCUUCAUCUAAAACAAUAUAAUGGUGAAGUUAAAAAACGACCAAUAAAAACUACAGAUAAGAACUCGAACAGCCAUGGUGGUAUGAUUGCAGGAAUAGUUAUUGCAGCAUUGGCAGUGGUAGUCAUGAUUACUGCUUACUUUUAUAUCACAAAGAAACGAAACAAAGCAAGUAGCAAUAAAGUUGCUCGUUAUGGUGAAGAAGAAGGGUCACAGAAAUAUAAAGAUGACGUCAAUAUGGACAAUUUUGGAUAUGAUGAUGAAGACGCCAACGAAGCUACAUUUGUUAAUCAGACAUAUGAUACAAAAACAAAUAUGAAGAACGGGAUUAAAGACAGAAAUAAAAGUAUCAACAUAUAGUAUCCAAUUGUGUUAACAUUAAAACUGUACUUUAGUGACGUAACAACAAUACUCUUCUUGUAAUAUUGAACGUAAAUAUACAUUAUCGCUGAAAAUGGUAAAAUUAUAGCUGGGAAAACGCUUUUAUCAUUUUGAAACUUUUAACCCACAUAGGAAAUUGCUGUUUUGUAUAAUGAUUUUAUUGCAAAAGGUGAAAAUGCAUUCAUCACAGACAUGUUUACAAGAGUCAGUAUUUGUGAAUUCUGUCUUUUGUACAUAACACUAGCAACAAAUUUAUUUAAAACUACAAUUAUUCACUUGCAUUCCAUCCGUUUAAGGAUAGUAUACAUAAACAUCCUUAAUUUUCUUCAGUUCUCAGUUACUAACACAUGUGUGCCUUUACAUACAUAAUAAUAAUUAACUAGAGAGUAUUGAAUUUGAAAAUAUAUGAAACUAAAUAUAAAGAAUGAUUUUAAUACACGAAUACCUUUCAUAUUUAUUACAACUUCUAUAUGUAACGAUGAUUUAUUAAUUUUAGUACAAAAUAAAAUAUCAGCUAAUUGCAUUCUUUCUCAGAUAAACAUUACCUUUUUUGAGACUCAUAGAGUUUAAAUUUAUACUUUGAUUGUUUCCGAUGAAGGUAAAAUCAAGAAAGAUAAUCAAACAUAUGAUUCGAUACAAGAACAUGAAUACGGACAGAAAUCAAAACCUCAACUUGUAAUAUUCUAUCGUAUUAACAUCAUUGUACUAUAGCAACGUAACACACAUAAAUUUCCAUAAGAUUGUUUCUCAGAAAAUGUCUACCUCAGAUUGGUUUAUGGUUCAAAGUUUUGGCUUUGAGUGUUUCUGAUGAAGGCAAAAACAAGACAGGGCUUCCGAUGCACCCGUUAUAAUGCUAAUGAUAAUGAUAAAAGUUAUUUAUUUUUUAUAUUAUAUCUGUAUGCUGUUACUUAAUCUUGAUUAAAUUGUAUUGGUCACUUAAUUUCCUGCCAAACAGAAACACCUGCAGUUUUAAUUCUAAUUUUAUUUUCAUGAAGUUUAGAAAAGAAUUGCAGUAAUUUCAAUGCAUUUUCAUGAAGAAAAAGUACUCCUUUUUGCAUUUCAUGAAAAUGCUUUAGAAAUACACUGUACGAGUUUCUAUAUGCUCGAUAAGUUGAUUAUUAGUAAUAUGUUU